AUGUCCACCACUACCGAAAUAAAUCGCUCCUUCGUCCUACGCGCCGUCAAAGAUGUCGCCUUUGAGGAUCGCCCCGUCCCCAAACUUCGCGAUGAACAUGAAGUUCGCGUCCACGUCGCCCAAACCGGCAUCUGCGGCAGCGAUGUGCACUACUGGCAGCGCGGUCGCAUCGGCGACUUCGUGCUCGAAUCGCCCAUCGUCCUGGGCCACGAGUCGUCCGGCGUCGUCGUGGAAGCCGGAUCAAAAGUAACGAACCUCAAGAUCGGCGACCGCGUGGCCAUCGAGCCCGGCGUCCCCUGCAGACGAUGCGACUACUGCCGCGCAGGGUCCUACAACUUGUGCAACGAUACCAUCUUCGCGGCGACUCCACCGUGGGAUGGCACGCUGGCGAAGUAUUAUACGGUGGCCAGCGACUACUGCUACAAGAUCCCGGACACCAUGGACAUGGAAGAAGCGGCCAUGGUCGAGCCCGUCGCCGUCGCCGUCCAAAUCUGCAAAGUUGCUUCCAUCCGCGCAAACCAGACCGUCGUCGUCUUCGGCGCGGGCCCAAUCGGCGUCCUCUCGCAAGCUGUGGCCAAGGCCUCGGGCGCGAAGAAAGUCAUUGCAGUGGAUAUCUCGCAGUCACGACUCGACUUUGCGCGGAAGUACGCUGCGGACGGGACGUUUCUGCCUCCGCGGGCAGAGGAGGGCGUGGAUUCGGUCGAGCAUGCGGAGAACGUCGCGAAGAUGAUUAAGGAGGAAUUUGGGUUGGGCGAGGGCGCGGACGUGGUGCUUGAGUGUACAGGGGCCGAACCCUGCAUUCAGACUGGUAUAAACGUAGCCAUCAAGGGCGGCACUUAUGUGCAAGCUGGUAUGGGGAAGGAAAAUGUGGUGUUCCCCAUCACAACAGCCUGCAUCCGCGCGCUUACUAUCAAGGGAUCGAUACGGUAUUCAGUGGGAUGUUAUCCUGAUGCGGUGCAUCUGGUGGCGUCGGGCGCGGUCGACGUUAAGAAGCUGAUCACCAACCGGUUCAAAUUCGAGGAAGCGGAGAAGGCAUUUGAGCUUGUUAAGGCGGCGAAGGAGGGCGUGUUUAAGGUCGUUAUUGAGGGGGUGCAGUGA